AUGGCCACAGUUGGAAAACCAUACAGCUCUCAAUUGCCUGCAUUAAGACAAAAUCAUUCCCUAACCUCAAAACUAAAACCACCCGCCCGCUUUACCAAACCUACCACGACUAAUACACUUGCGUCUACUAGAACCGUCGCAAGACAGGCGAAAACUGAAUAUAAUGAGCAACCACCCGUUAGACAAGUGACGCCGACAAGCACGCCUACAAAGUCCCCUCCUCCCGCAUCCACGCCGACGUCAUCCAAGCCUACCAUUACCACCACCAGUAGUCGACUAGUUCGACCAAAAAUCACCCGGAACAUAUCACCAAUUAGUCCGUCUGGAGCAAACUCGGACCAGGAAUCUGUAUCUUCUUCUAGCACCCAAUCUAGAAGUACCAGCACCUCCAAAACUAGCUAUUCAAACGUAAAAUCUCGUGUCGGUUCACUCGACAACAUCAAACAUGUACCAAAAACUAGCGGAAAGAAGGUUUAUUCAGAAAAGCCGGACUAUUCUACUGUGAAAUCACGUAUUGGUUCGUUGAACAAUGUAAAGCAUAAUCCAAAGGGAGGUGAUAAGAAGAUAGUUGACGCCAAGAUCGAUUAUUCGAAUGUCUCCUCUAGAAUUGGUUCGUUAAAGAAUAUCAAUCAUGUGCCAAAGGGUGGUGGGAAGAAGAUAGUCGACGUCAAGAUCGAUUAUUCAAACGUAUCGUCGAGAAUUGGUUCCUUAAAUAAUAUCAAUCAUGUGCCAAAGGGUGGUGAUAAAAAACUAGUAUCGACCAAGCUCGAUUAUUCGAACGUCUCUGCUAGAAUUGGUUCAUUAAAGAAUAUUAAACAUACGCCAAAGGGAGGUGAUAAGAAGAUAGUGGACGCCAAGAUCGAUUUCUCAAACGUAUCAUCAAGAAUCGGUUCAUUUGAUUACAUUGAUCAUGUUCCGCAGGGCGGUGAUAAAGCCAUAUUUCACGAUCGCGUCAAGUUUAAGAACGUUCAAUCACGUGUAGGAAGUUUGGAUAACAUCAGCCACGCGCCGACUGGCGGAGAUGUAAGAAUAUUCAGCGAAAAGCUAUCCUUCCGCGAAUAUGCUGCUCCACGCAUCGACACCGGCUGUAAUUCGACGUCAACUGCAUCAAUCUCACUCAGCGAAUGUUCAUCCCGUCUCGAUGCCGAGAGUCCGAUUUCGCCGCUCGCCCUCGACGACGAUAACACCGAUGCUUCUCCUCCUUUCCAACUCGAUUCCUCGUCCGAAUCCUCCUCUCGUGACGGAGAACUCUUCACUCCGCCUCCGUUGAAGGUCGCUCUUUCCCCGAUCGUUGAGGCUGUCUCGGCUGAGGAUGAAGAUCCCAUCUCGGAAGACGAAGUAGGACAAUUAUCCGAGACCGAAUUAAGUUUCGAGGUCAACAUCACGCGCAAGUCUUUACUGUUGGCAGAAGAAAGAAAACUGAUAAAAGUGAAAGAGCAGGAAGAAGAAGCGGAAACGGAACAUGUCGAACCACUGUUUGUCCCAGAGCUGGAGCAGGCAGUUGAGGAGUCUCCUAGUAGUGAAGUAGCUCGGGAGAUGAGUUUUGAGGAGAAGCAGGAUUAUCUGGGAUCUUGGAUAUGA